AGUUCCAAGUUCAGAACGAUCAACGAUUGAAGACUCUUCUCAUAAAAAAUCCCGUGAUCGAGAUAUUUGUUAAGGUCUUCGCGAAGUUCCCUGAUGAUGGAUUUUGUUGCCUCUCUUCCGCCGGAAGUGACUGAGGAGAUUUUUUCGUACCUGUCAGUGCGAGACCUGAUGGUUUGUGAGGCAGUCUGCAGAGGUUGGCGUUUAGCUGCCAAAAAUCUGCGACUUUGGAAAAAACAGGAGGAUAAGUUUGAAAAAUGGUUGCUACCCAACUCAAUGUGUGAUAUUAUUCCUGGUAGUUUUCACGAUACGUCUCACAGCCUAGCUGCAUUAUUGCCCGAAGAUGAUUCACAAUUCAACAGGUUGAAAUUUUUCCUAUGCCAACGAAACUUUCUGAAACAUAACUGGUCACAUGGUAUCUAUACUAAAAACACGCUCCGGGUGAAAGAUUUUUUCCAAUAUAUUGAGAUUGAUGUAUUUUAUCCAUCCAAGUCUCCUUAUGAUUGCCAAUUCUACCCAUUUGUUGGGUUGUUUAAGGAUGAUUCGUAUGCUUUUUUAUUGAUGCGUCUCGAUGAUAAACCGAAAAUUGUUGGCACAUUAUGCACAAUAGAGAGUCGGCACAGUAUUGAUAGAAUAUGUGUAAUGAGGGACUGUUUAGUAUGGUUCAGUGGAUUAGAAGUCAAAUACUUCAGUCUUACUGUUGAUUUUGAUAAAUCAGAGGUGUGUAGUCUUGGAAACUUUGAAGUUGAAGAUGAAGAUUGUGUGAGGAUGCUGACUAUGGAUUCGUGUAGUAUAGUUGCUGCAGUCUGUUCGACGGCCAGAGUUUGGUGCAAAAAGACUCUCUCUUUGAGGUUUGACAUAGAUCCAGAUCCACAUGAGUUCAAUGAACUCGAAAUUCAUUUGACUAAUUGCUGGUUAUAUGACGGAUAUCUUAUACUCGUUUAUCAUUCAAUCCUCAAAUUCUACAACAUACAAAAUGACAUUCCUAUUCUUGAGAAUCAAUUUUGUGUUUCUGGUUGUAUUGAUCAUAUUCAUUGUAACAAUGGUACGGUUUUUCUACGUUACUUCGAUCAAGGCUUCAAAGUGAUUGAAGUGCGCAAUAAAAAAACCCUCUCAAUCAAAUUCAGUCGUUCAAGUAAACAUGAACUUCUGUAUUAUUUGACUCAUGAGGCAGGUAACGAGUAUAUUUCAUUUGGAAAUUUUCAUACUCGUAAAAUUGAACUGCGAAAAAUUUCCAAGUCUGAGUACUAUAAUUUAACUAAUUUCAAUGAUGCACCAAACUAUGUUUUUGAUAGUAUUGCAUUAAUACGCGGCAAAAGAUCAUUGGAAGUUUGGGAUUGGAGAGAGCGCACCAAUCUGUACAAUGUUGACAGCAUGGAUAUGCAUAACGCGUUAAUUGUUCACGUCAGUACAGCUAGGGUGGUAAUAGUGGGCAGUUUUUGUGAAUUCCAAAUUUAUUCAUUCAGCUGAUUGCUGUUGUAACAGUCGUCUACACCUUUUCAAAUUGU